GAGCUCGAGCUCUACGCCUCGCUGCUCAGGGUCCGCGACCGGCAGGUGGGCGAGCUGCAGGGCCUGUGCGAGGCGGCGCCCGCCGGCUCCGCGCGGGAGCUGGACGAGGCGCGCCGCGAGGCGCAGCGCCUGCAGAGCGAAAAGGACGAGCUCGAGCGGCUGGUUCUCUCCAAGGACAGGCAGCUGGCAGCGGUGCAGGGCGUCGACAGGAGCAUGACGGACGCCUCGGCGCUGCAGCUGGGUGCGAAAGCCAUCCAGAUGUUCCAAGACUCCAUGCGCCAGCGCGCGGAGGAGACCGGGCUGCGAGCGUGA